AUGCCUGCUCCAUCGUCAUCGGAAUGGAGCGGUAUCACCAAGUUCACCAACUGCCGACUUGCGCGAGGUGACAAGUUAGAGCCGGCAGAUCUCUGGUUCAGCUCAAAGACGGGAACAAUCCUGUCCAGUCAAAGCACAUUCUUCAGCGCGGGCGCUCUGCCGGACCGCGUCAUCGAUCUUCAAGGGCGUAUCGUGUCACCCGGAAUGAUUGAUGUGCAGCUCAACGGCGCCUACGGCUUUAACUUCUCGUCCCUCCCCGAGAGUAUGAUGCAGUAUGCAAAGACUCUGAGGGAUAUCAACAAGAGACUUGUUGAGACCGGGGUGACUUCCUACACGCCGACCCUGACAAGUCAAAAGUCAGAGUUGUACCACAAGGUAACGGGGAUACCGCGGGACAGGACUCAUUUGCUAUCGGUCAUGGCUGACGCUUCAAAUCAGGUCCUACCUAUUCUCAGAAGCAAGAAAUCAGUCAGUGCCCAAGAUGGCUCUGAGUCGCUCGGCGUGCAUUGCGAGGGCCCAUUCUUGAACCCUACCAAGAACGGCAUCCACGACGUCAAUGUCCUCAUCGAAGCCAACGGUUUCGACGAUAUCGAAGCUUGUUACGGCACUGAGAAUCUGGGAGCCCCAGGCAUCAAGAGCGGGUCGAACACGUCAGCUGUGAAGAUGGUCACCAUCGCCCCUGAGCAGGGCAACAUGUCAGACCUGAUCCCCCAGAUGCGAGAGCGAGGUAUCAUCUGCUCGGUGGGCCACUCGGAAGCGACGUAUGAGGAGGCCUCGAAAGCCGUCGCCCAGGGCGCCACUAUGAUCACCCAUCUCUUCAACGCCAUGAGGCCGCUUCACCACCGGAACCCCGGGAUCUUCGGUGUUCUUGGCACGGCAGACGCCGCGAACCGGCCCUACUUUGGAAUCAUUGCCGAUGGGGUCCACCUUCAUCCCACAGCUAUCAAGAUCGCAUUUAAUGCUCAUCCUGAAGGGUUCAUUCUAAUUACCGACUCUAUGCCCCUGGUCGGUCUGCCGGACGGACGAUACCCGUGGAUGAACGGAGAGGUUCAGAGUACCAUCAUCAAAAAGGGGCCGACCUUGCGUCUGGAAGGAACCGACAAGAUUGCGGGAAGCUGCAUUACGCUGAUGGAGUGCGUCAAUAACUUUCUUGAGUGGUCAAUCUCAUCCAUCCCUCAGGCUCUCAAGGCUGUCACAGCUACACCAGCAGCCAUGCUGGAGAUCGAGGACAGGAAAGGCAGUCUGAACCCCGGAGCUGACGCAGAUCUGGUGGUCUUUUCUGAGACCAAAGCGCCGAAUGGGGCUCCACAGCUAGUGAUUGACGAGGUUUGGAAGUUUGGUAUUCUAGUUUAUGAGAGGGACGGCGCCAACAUCCCCGAGCCUACAUCGCCGCUGAGUCCGAAAGGGAGGUGGUAG